GCAGCAACAAGCAGCAGCUGGGAGACGAGGAGGAGCAAAGAAAGUGUUCAGUUGAGGAUUUACCACGACUGUCAGCGACGUUUAGGAUAUGUCGUUCAUUCUAUUGAAGAAAAAGAAAUUUAAAUUUAAAGUAGACUUCGACUUGGAGGAAUUGUCCUCUGUUCCCUUCGUAAACGGAGUUUUAUUCUGUAAAGUGAGACUGGUAGAUGGAGGCUUUGCCGAAGAGUCGUCUCGGGAGCAAGUCCAAGCCAACUGUGUACACUGGAGGAAGAGAUUUUCCUUUGUGUGUAAGAUGAGUGCCAAUGCUGGAACAGGUGUACUCGACCCCUGUUUGUGCCGGGUGUCUGUGCGCAAGGAAGUGAAGGGUGGAAAGACCUUUGCAAAGCUGGGCUUUGCUGACUUGAACCUGUCUGAGUUUGCUGGGUCUGGCAGCACCACACGACGGUGUCUCCUAGAGGGAUACGACACCAAGAACACCAGACAGGACAACUCAAUUCUAAAGGUUGUCAUCACCACACAACUUAUGUCUGGAGACCCCUGUUUUAAAACUCCCCCGUCUACUGCCAUGACCCUGGGAAACCCACAGGCUGAAGCAGAGUGUCUUCUUGAGGACAGGAAGGGAGGGGACGUGCACAUAUUCCAUUCACUAACUGGUUCUACAGUUAAGUCAGUUUCUGUCCCAGAGGAGCUGGUAGCGUACGGCCAUUCAAGAACACCCAGCUAUGCAAGUGAGAAGUCAAAAAUCUCAGGUUACAGUUCAAAUCACUCCAGUUUAACAGAUCUGUGCCAUCGGAGGAGCGGGUCAGGGGGUUCUGCCUCCACAGGCAUCGGCAGCAUCCUGGAACCCAGUGACCAGCAGGGGGAGAGCAGGACGACUCCCCCCGCCUGUGCAACCUGUCAACAUGCAUCUGAACACCCCUCUACCCCAGCUAAAAUUCAUAGACAUCCAGUCAAGCAGAACUCAAUGGAGAAUCAGCUGAAGAGAGUUGAUGCCACCAGGGUGGAUGCUGAUGACAUAAUAGAGAAAAUCCUGCAGAGCCAGGAUUUCAGCAGCGGUUUCUUGGACUCCAGUGCAGAGGAGGAAGGGCUAAGCUUGUUUGUUGGUCCUGGUGGGAGUACAGCCUUGGGAAGCCAGCACAUGAGGGUUGCAGCUGGAGCCUUUGAGCAGGUGGUGAUCAAGCGCUAGGCUUUAGGAAGCAUGUGACUGUCAAAGGGUGCCAUGUUACACUGAAGCGGGAGGACACAAGACUGGAGAGUUGUAGAGGUGCCAUCAGAACUUGAUCCUGCCUCACUCCAGGAGAUUUCAUUUCUCCAAGGCAGUUCUCUGCAUCUGACCUACAGUGUCUGUAGACCAGGAGAGCUCCCUAGUGUUCAAGAAGUGGAGGUGAAGGCCACAUACAUUUUGAACAUCUUGGUGCUGGGGUAACUAAUGUACUGACAUUUAUGUGGGUGUUCUUUUAUGAAAACUGAAAGGUUUAAGUACUGUGAUUCAACACAUAUUGUUCACCCAUCUUGGUGAGCUUUAAGCUGUAAAGGGGUUUCUCUGCUAUUUAAAAAAAAAAGCUUUUGUUAUGGUUGAUUUGUAUUCCUCAGUUUAAUUGUAUUGUGUGUGGCUGUCGGUUAGUCGGUUCCUUGAAGUCCCAUACAUCUAAAGUAGUACACAUCUGACAUUGUGACAUUUAAAGUGGUGGAGAGAUGACUGCUAUUUAAAUACCAUUAUCUUUUGAUGGUAUGAUUUCCAUUUUGUCUGAGCAUGUGCCUUUGUCUGUUGUCUUUAAAGCGAUGAAUUUAUUUUUUAUCAGAGAUUUUGUAAAUGUAUAUUUGCUGCCACUUAAGAAGUUAUAUCUAAACUAUGUAGCCUACAUAAUGAAAGUCAUAUGUGUAAAGCCCACAAUGUUUUUUAAGAUAUCUAUAGGUUGUUUUUUUAAAUGUUUUAUUUCAGGCCAAAUAAAUCAUACAUUUCGAAAAAUUUGCUCUUUGUGUAACCUU